GAAGCGCUUUGAUAGAUACCUUACUUUUUGUUUACCUAAAAAUUGGAUACGUGGAUUGGAAAUCGUUUUGUUUUGUUUACUGAUCAUUCAAAUGUCCUCAAUUUCCCUGUAGUAUUUACUGUUCAAUCUUUUCGUCCGUUUUGUACAUUCACAUACAUACUCGUCAAACCAUAGAUUUCCAACAUCAAUAACAAUCCCUUCGUUUUCAAUUAUGGGUUCCCCAGAUUAUUCACCCCUUCCUCGAGAAUCCUCGGAUUCGGAUCGAUACAUUGCCCCAAGUUCAGAUGGUGGAUAUCGAUCAUCUGAGGAAUAUCCCCAUCGUACCUCCAAGAGUCGUUCUAUCACCAUCAACUAUGUACUUAUUCUCCGACUCAUGAAUCUCGCAUUCGGAUCAGCCGCUUUCGCAUUGUUCGUUAUCAGUGGUGGUGAGCAGUACAUUGCUGCUGAUAUCUUUAUCAUGUUCAUUUUGAUCUUCAAUACCGUUCGAAUUCUACAUACGUUCGUUUCAUCAGUCUUUCAUGUCACUGUUGAGAUUAGUCGUGGUUCGUGGCAGAGUAAGCUAUCUGUCAGACCAAAUGGAGCUAAAGCUACAAAUGUCAUGGAUUUCUUGUUGGCUAGUGGUUUACUAUCUUCAAUGAUUGGUGGGAUGGUAAACAAUUGGAGAAAUAAUGAUGUGGUUGAUGGGAUUGUACUCGCCUUUUUCACCUUGGCUAUACAAUACAUCAUAGCAUUACCGAUUCAAAACCAAACCUUUAUGAUCAAAUUUCACUUCCAUAGUGAAAACGACGAGAAUAGAGGGGAAUUUCUAGGGCGAAAUGAUUCUCAUCGAAUUAUCCUUAGGGACGACGGAAAUAGACAAACCCCUGAGGAUUUGGUAUAAUUUCGAUUCAUCGAAAUGAAAAUCUCGAAUAUCUGACUACUGGUCCACUGGAAAGCUUAUAUCGGUUAUGAAACACAGCUUUGCUGUUAUACCUGCGGUUAUUGGGGAAGUAUUGGUUCAUAACAAAUUGAAUUGACAAUUCGUCCUGCACUUCUACUCGUUCCCUGGGUAUUGGAAUAGAGAAGGCGAAUAUACAUACAAUCAUUUACUUGUCCUUUAUCCAUAUAUCCAUCUAUCUGGCCAUUCAUUCACUCUUCUAGUCAUUCAUUUAUCUAUCUGUCUAGCCAUUCAUUCAUUCAUCUACGUAACACAACAGCGCAGGUCUUGGAGUGUCAAUUAUCUUAACCUGCGCCGUAGGAUAGGAGAAAUCUCACCUCAUUAUGUCAUUUGUGCAGUGAUUAAAUUAUAGUAUUACCAGAGACCUUUUGAUUAUCUUGUCUUUGUCCA